AAAGAGAGAGGGAGCUGCCUCUCUAUAGGAACCCUGGGAUUAUUUGUUUCCCCCUUUGAAAGGCAUCUUUGGCCAACUCCUUCCCUUCCGUGUUCCUGGUCCUCCAAAGGGAGUUGUAGUUGUCUUCUUUGUUCCCUGAAUUUACCCUCUGGAAGAAAGGAAGUCAGCUUGCAAGGAGAGGAGGGAAGGAAGGAGGGAGGGAGGCAAGUUGAUCCAAAUCCAAAGGAAAGUUCAAGAAACAAGCCUGCCUUCAGCCAAACUCGCUCUCUGAUCUUUUGCGAGCACAUAAUCCUGGUGCUUGGGUUUAUUUCAUGUCCACUGAUGUCACCCUGCAAAAAAAAAAUGUUGUGGGAACAAAAGAAAUGCCAGCCCACCUGUGUUUCUCAAGAGAGUUGUUAAGGCGUUAGAAGCAAGCUGGGGAAAUGAAUAGUGGCCUCUGUAAAAGUCUCAAAAAACUUAAUUUAUUCUGCUGAAACUUCCAGGCUGAGGCUUGGAGCACCCAGCCGGCACCAUUGAGCCCAGCAGCUGGAGCGGCAGUGAAAGUCCUGCCGAGGACAUUGAAAGAAUGAGCGAUUCAGCAGAUAAACCUAUUGAUAAUGAUGCAGAAGGAGUCUGGAGCCCAGAUAUUGAGCAAAGCUUUCAGGAAGCACUAGCUAUAUAUCCCCCAUGUGGACGAAGGAAAAUUAUAUUGUCUGAUGAAGGCAAAAUGUAUGGUAGGAAUGAACUAAUAGCCAGAUAUAUCAAACUUAGAACGGGAAAGACACGGACCAGGAAACAGGUGUCUAGUCACAUACAGGUCUUAGCAAGGAAGAAAGUUCGAGAAAUCCAAGCCGCCAUUAAGGUGUCUAGUCACAUUCAGGUUCUUGCCAGAAGGAAAUCUCGUGAUUUUCAUUCCAAGCUGAAGGUAACAAGCAUGGAUCAGACCGCAAAGGACAAAGCACUUCAACACAUGGCAGCCAUGUCAUCAGCUCAAAUAGUAUCUGCAACAGCGAUUCACAAUAAGUUGGGCCUGCCAGGAAUUCCCCGUCCUACGUUUCCUGGAGCACCUGGUUUUUGGCCAGGGAUGAUACAAACAGGACAGCCUGGAUCUUCACAAGACAUAAAGCCAUUUGUUCAGCAGGCCUAUCCUAUACAGCCAACAGUCGCAACCCCCAUUUCAGGGUUUGAACCUGCAUCAGCCCCAGCACCCUCAGUCCCUGCUUGGCAGGGUCGCUCCAUUGGAACAACUAAACUUCGACUGGUAGAAUUUUCAGCUUUUCUUGAACAACAAAGAGAUCCAGAUUCUUAUAAUAAACACCUCUUCGUACAUAUUGGACAUGCCAACCAUUCUUACAGUGAUCCAUUGCUGGAAUCGGUGGACAUUCGUCAGAUUUAUGACAAAUUUCCUGAAAAGAAAGGUGGCUUGAAGGAGUUGUUUGGAAAAGGACCUCAGAAUGCCUUCUUUCUAGUAAAAUUUUGGGCGGACUUAAAUUGCAACAUACAAGAUGAUACCGGGGCAUUCUACGGCGUAACGAGUCAGUAUGAGAGCUCAGAAAACAUGACAAUCACAUGUUCCACCAAAGUCUGCUCAUUUGGGAAGCAAGUGGUAGAAAAAGUAGAGACUGAAUAUGCACGGUUUGAGAAUGGUCGGUUUGUAUUCAGAAUAAACCGCUCUCCAAUGUGUGAAUAUAUGAUCAAUUUCAUCCACAAGCUCAAACAUUUACCAGAGAAAUAUAUGAUGAACAGCGUCUUGGAAAACUUUACAAUUUUGUUGGUUGUAACAAACAGAGACACACAAGAAACCCUACUUUGCAUGGCUUGUGUAUUUGAAGUUUCAAACAGUGAACAUGGUGCACAGCAUCACAUCUACAGGCUUGUAAAGGACUGAAUAGUUAUUUAUAGACAAAUUACAUUAUAACUCCUUCUGAAAACACAGACUGUCAACCUCAACACUAAGUGACAGUUCCUUUGGCUGAGCUUUUCCCAACUUUUUUUCCUAAACCUCAUUUUAGUGUGUCAGUAUAUAUUGUAGCUGUGAAAUUUCUGGUACAGUUGUACAAAUUCUUUCAAAAACAAGUGUUCUUCAAAUUUAUAUUAAACACCAUUCUUUGGGGAGACUGUAUUUAAACAUUUCAAAGCCUUUCUGGAAAUUUUGUUGUUGUGUGAAAAGAAUAUGAGGACAUUUGCCAUGGGAAAACUUAACAGCAAUUAAACGAGUUUGUGAGGUAUUUUGUCUAAAUUAAUAAAAGCAUGUUUUUAAGAUGGAGGUGAAAUUGAAAUGAAUUUUAACUAUAAGCAUAAAAUUAGCACACAAAUUCUUUUUAGAAUUAUCUUCAUAAGUGAUUACUGUGGAAGAUACAUAUGAAUGUAAUUCACUAAAUUAUUUUAUAAGUGCAACUCAAUUUCUGUUUGAAGCCAAAUGACAAACAUAGCCUUAAGAAAUGCCUGUUGGGAGCAGACAAAUCCUAAAAGUAGACAAUUCUCUCCCCCCCCCCCCCCCCGCUUUCUUUCUUUUCUCUGUAUUAAAACUAAUUUUCUAAUUUAUUAAACCUUUCAAUCAGGUAUUGCAAAGCGAGAAGAUUUUAUUCAUUUUACUAAUUAAAUCUAGUGCAUUAAAAAGACAAAAAGUAUUGUACUAAUAAGGAGAUUUGAUUAUUUAAUUUACAAGAUGGCUCGUUUUGCAAUAACUUGUUAAAUACUGAAAAAUUAGACUUAUAUUGUAUGCAAUUAUGGGUGUGCUUAUAUAUUAUAUGAGAAAUUCUUUGAUUUGUAUCAAUUUUCCCAAUGACCCAAGAUAUUGCAACACCAAAAUGAUCAAAUGUAAAGGGUUUUUAAAGUGUUGAAUUGAAAUUCUUUUGUCAAAUGAAAAAAACACCCCAAAAAGUGAUUGAGAAAACAAUGGCAUAUAAGCAAAAGGUUCAUCUGUUUUAAUGUGUUUGGAGUGCUACUAAACCAGGAAUCCCCACUGAUAAUUUCAAAUUGAGGUAACCCACUGAUCUGAAAUUAGCCUAGUGACCACAUUAGCUGGUCUGUCAGAUGUUUCAGGGAGAUACAAUGUUGACUUUGUACUGAAUCAGAUUAAUGGCCCAUCUGUUUAUUGCAGUUUUCUCCUAGGUCUCAGACCUUCUUUAUGUAAAAUUACUGUUCUAACACCAAGUUGUAGCCCAGUUCUAGUAAAUCCCAUUUUUCUAAACAAGAGCAUUGCCAAGCCCAUGUGCAUGUGUGAAGCAGAAAUUUCACAGGCGUGUCUUUAAGACACUGUUAUCAAGGGUCUAAUGCGAUAUGGCUACAAACUAUGGGGCUUCAGACUUGGCAUUGGCUCAUGUGGUCCAUUCCCAUCUUUCUUUUCCUUGUUGCUCAAAAAUUUGCUGCUAGUAAUAAAAAAAAUUAGGGAAGAGGCCACUUUUCCCUCUAGCUUUAUAUAAACUUUCAUUAUAGGAUAAAAUCCACUAAAAUUGAUAUACUUUAUUAAGCCAACUAAAAUGUGUGAAAGACAUGCAAGUUUUCAAAGCUUCAUUGCUUCUUCAUCAGGCAACGAUUUCUGCUUCAGAAGCAUCUUGAGUAAAUGAUGAGUUCUUCCCAAAAGAAAAGAUACCUACAAUGUAAUCCUAUACAUGUCUACUCAGAAGUAAGGUCCAUUGAGAUUAGUGGGACUUACUCCCAAGGUAAGGGUGUAUAGGAUUGCAGCAUUAGUCACAUUUAUAUUUGUCAAUGUUAAACUGUGCCCGAUGGUGCAGCGGGUUAAACCACUGAGCUGCUGAACUUGCUGACCGAAAGAUCAGCAGUUCGAAUCUGGGGAGCGGAGUGAGCUCCCGCUAUUAGCCCCAGCUUCUGUCAACCUAGCAGUUCGAAAACAUGCACAUAUGAGUAGAUCAAUAGGUACAGCUCCGGUGGGAAGAUAACAAUGCUCCAUGCAGCCAUACCGGCCACAUGACCUUGGAGGUAUCUUUGGACAACACUGGCUCUUCAGCUUAGAAAUGGAGAUGAGCACCAACCCCCAGAGUUGGACAUGACUAGACUUAAUGUCAGGGGAAAACCUUUACCUUUACCUAAACUGUGAAUAGUACACAGAUGUUUUAUGCAGUUCUCACAUUCUAAACAAGUACUCUUUUUCUGAACCUUUUAUCAUGUUGACCCCUGCCUUCUGUCUUUUGUGUGUCGUUUUGUUUAUAAUUCAGUUCUCUGGUCAGAAGAGAUGCUGCAUCCCAGGAUCUGGUGCAAAUGAUGAAAGUAAAACAUCUAAUUUAUUACCCAUGAAUGUGCACAUACACACAAAAGUUUAGAAGGGAGAGUCUGAUAAAUUGGGAGCAUAAUCCCUAUUCUAAAUGUGUAAACCUUCAAGGCCUGUGUUUGUGGACCUUUAGAACCUUGAAUCGGCCCCUAGAUAUCAGAAGCAUCCAAAUUUAGAAAGAGAUGAUACCUUAGUGGCAGUGGCAGCUAAUACACAAGGGAAUGCUGCUUCAUGCAUGCUUAUGAAUAUUUUCAGGAGGCUGCCUUGUGUGAUUGGUAUUUGUAAUGUAAAUAUGCAGGCUGUUUGUUAUUAUGUCUUCAUGGAAAUCUGUGAACAUUCAGAAUUAUUCAACUCAAAUGUGAGGGUAGUGGAAUACCCAAUGGAUAAAACUCCAUAGUUCAAUCUGUUAUUGUAGCAAAUUGUCAGAAAAGGGCUAGCUAUGAUAUUUCAGCUUCUAAUCUAGAGAGCUGCACAAUGUGUACAGUCUUGUGUGCCGUCUUCCAGUCAUAACCAUACUGGGCCCUUCUGAACUGGCAAUCUCUGCUAAAACACGUGCACUAUCCGAAAAGGCAGAAUGUGAGUGUAGUUGAUUAUCUUAUCUACUUUAUCUUAUAUGCCUUAGGUGGGCAAGUAUAACUCUAAGCCAGGGAUAAUAGUGAAUCUUGGAAGUCUUUUGCAUGUUCAGUGUCUUUGGACCCACAGAUAUUAAGACAGAUGGACCUCCCAGAGCUACAAUCUUAUGCACAUUUGCCUGGGAGUAGAUUCUAUUCGAUUUUUCUGGGUAGAUUUGCAUAGAAUUGUGAUCUCAUUCACUUUAAAUCUGAAAACUGUGGAACUGGGUGUUUCUAGCUGAGCCUCUUAAUUAACAUUAACAAUGCAUUUGACAAAACCAUUGGAUAUUACCCAUCUAAAGUAGCCCUUUAUUUGAAGCACUUGGUGUUAUAAGCCUAACAUUAUUUUUACAAAGAUGUUAUCCUACUUUUAUUGGCUUUUGAUCAAUUUAUUUUAACCAAGAAGAAAAUUAAAUGCUAAAAAUUAUACAUCUCAAGAAAACUUCUUGAGGUAUAUAAAAUAGUCAAUUUGCAAACCAGGUAUGCUACUUCUUCUCCCCUUUCCCUCCCUGUUAAUACAGUCUGCAACACAUGUUUAACAACUAUUCUGUUGGAAGAGUCACAAUGUUUCUUGGUGUUCAUUUUUUGUCAAGCUUAUGAGGAACUGUUUGCCUUGUCAUUAACUUUAUGUGAAUGUAAAUGAUUCAAUCCCCUGUGCAUGUUUCUUCUGGAAAGCCUUAAGUCUGUCAGAUGUUCGAUGUGGAUUGUGUAGUCCAAAAGGCUGCCUGUAAACUGUGAGCUCUUUUGUAAGCUGGAAGCAUCUCUCUUGUUACUGUUACGCUGUCGUAGGAACUUCUUAAGUCCGAGCUGCCAAAGCAUUACAAUAUGCAGUGCCUUAGUGCUAUAUUAGAAGUACCUUUUCCCCUAUCACGCCAAUUUUAUGUAGUCCAAUAAUUGGUUUACUUAAACAAAAUAAUAAAAAAUCUAGAGAGAAGCCUUUUGACUAUGUGGUCUUAGACAGCUUUCUAUAUAAAUCAGUCCCUGUUACUACAUAGUAGAAAUACUUAUACCAAAAUGAAAUGUUAACAGCUCCAGAAUUUUCUGCAGAAAGCGAAUUGUAUGAAUAAUGCUGCCUUCUUAAAUUUUCAUGACCAAAUACUUAAACCUUUGUGACUCUGCACUCUUGCAUGCAAGUGCCUUUGGUUUUAAAAUUCCAGCUUAGAAAAGUGCUGCCAUAAUAAUUACAAUUUGUAGAGACCAAAAAUGUUUAGAAAUCACCAUAAUGCCUUUGGGUUAUUGGAAAUCGUCAAAACUAACAGGCCUUCAUUCUAUUAAAAAGUACCUUUUUAUCGUAGCAUGCUUUUUGCAAAUCUCAAGAGUGCAUAUUGCUGAAAAACUAUUCUCCAUGCUAUUCAGCUGUUUGUCACUGUUCCUGCAGCAUUGCUGAUUUGCAAGUAUAGGAAGCAGUCAGUACAAUAUGGCCCCUCCUAUCCAUGGGGGAUGUGUUCCCAGAUGUCAUGUCAAUGUGCAAAACCACAGAUAAUAGCAAACACUAUUGAAAUGAAGGAACUCUGUCCCAAGUGUCAUGGUGGGGGAACUAAACAUGCCUAGAGAGGAUAUAUUUUGUUGAUGUGGAUAAAUGAAACCAUGGAUAACGGUCCUGCAGGUACAAGGGUUGUGCUGUAUUUCAUAGCCUUUACCAUGUCUUUCUCCAUCCAGUCUUGGAUCUGAGUAAUACAAGUCUGUGUAAAUAUCAGAAUUUCAGGCAAAGGACAGCUAUGACUUUAUCAAUAUAGUUAGUUCUAAAUCUGUGAAUAUGGUUUUUUCUUUCUCUUAAAUUUGCACUUAUUUUGUUUACAAAGUUGAAUGGUUGGAUGCCUAAAAUUGAAAAUGAAAGUAUGGAUCAAAAUGUAUCUGUCAUCUAACCUGUGCUUUCUAGCAUCAAAUUGUUAGGAAUGAAUGAGAAACAUCACUGGAAAAUAUUUUGGACUGGCAUCAUCCACACUUUCCUGUUAUCACUGCAGGAAAGAUAGCAACUUCAAAAAAUUGUGCCAUUUUAACUCCAUCUGUGAAUUUAGGCAAUGCCAUUUAUUUCAAAAGAUUUUGACAACAUUGACAUUGAUUCAGAGGGACAUAACAUAGUUAGAAAUCAUCACUGAGAAGUAAUAGCAGUAAAACCAAAAGUUGGAAGAGGGGAUUUGUAGCUGUGAAUACAUUUUUGUUUUUAAUAUAGUAACAUAUGUUUUAUUUAAAAUUAAUUUGUGGCACAAAAAGUAGUGAAUAUUUGUUUUCCCCCCCUUUCUUUUCUCUUCAACACUGCAGUCCUAGGCAUCUCUACUUAGAAGUAAGUCAGGUGAAUUCAAUUGGGCCUACUCAUUGAUAUGCGUGCCUAGGAUUGUAACCUAACUUUAUACCCAUUCUAGUCCUCAAAAGAUCCCAAUCACACUUAGUCUCUUCCCAAAUCAAAAUUAGUAAAGAUUGCUUGGCCUCAAAAGUACAUUAUAUAUAUUUACAACUAUUAACUAUAUCUGCUGAGACAGAUAUAGGUAAACAAGUGGCUGGAGUAUAUUUUAUUGCAAAGGAAUCGUUUUUAUUUAUUGUCUUAUGUACAAAAUUUUAAAAAGAAAUAAUGGUACAAUUUAUGGCAGUUGAAGCAUAGCUCGCUUUACAAAUGUAAUUUUGUACUUACUUGAAUUCUAGGUUGGUUUAUUUAGGUACUGUACCACUAUGAUGUGUAAGUUGCAACAUAGAUCUCUUUUCCCACUUUCUAUCAAUGCUUGAGCCCCGACAGUUUAGCAACUGCAGUGAGUUCAGCUUUUUUGUUUCGGGCAUCGUUACGUAAUAGAGUGAAAUAUUACACUGAAUGGAAGCAACGGACAAUUAGAAGUCACAACAAUUGGGAAAUGAUAAAACUGUACAUUUUAAUUCCUCUUUCUAAUUACUAGGGCACAUUUAUUUUGAUAUGGCAGUUUGGGCAUCCUGUCAAACCGUUGGUAGAGGUAACCUAGCUGUGGUUUAGCAUGUUGCCUGAACUGACAACGUUUUACAAUCUGCUAUUAAGCCAGAAUCAGAAGCCAUGGUCUGAUAUUAUUAUUAUUUUCAUGCUUUGUAUAUGAUAAGACAAAUCAUAGUUGUGGCCAUUGCUGUAGAAGCAACUGCAUCAUGGCAGUAGGAGUGAACUUAUAAUACUGAAUGCUAGAGAUAGAAUGCAAGUAGACAAGUAGCUCAGAACCAUGGUUUGCCUGUUACACAUUCAGAAACUCCAACCAUGGUUCAAACAGGUAAUAACUACUGUAAACAUAAACAAUGGCUUGCCAUGUUUUCUACAUUGAGGCAUUUAGGAUUAUUCAGUGACAUAGCAGUGCUAUGGCUUUCAACAUGGCCCAUAUCAUCAACCAUCCUCAUGCAACACAUAUAUGGCUCUGUUGGGAUCAAUAUGUAUAGCCUACAUUGCCUGUGAUGCUGCUGAGACAUUUGUCCACAUGCUGACAGUCUAGCCGGGAGUGACACUCCAUAGCCUUUGCCACAGGUGGUGGAUUAAAUCCCUUCAGCGCUUGCACAAUAUUGACAGCUCCAGAUUUGGGGGCAACAGCACCAGGUAAAGCAUUUAAACAGCAUUCCCUGCCUCAUUGAUCACCAGCAUCAGAAACUGUUUAGGGGCAGCUGCCACAGGCUACACAUAAUGUGUAAACUGGUCCUUAUUUCAAUCCAUAUACUCAGGUUGAUUUUCUUUAUUCUGUUUUUUCUUUUACUUUCUCCCACCUCUUCCCCUGAGAACUUAAUUGAACAUAUAAAGAAGUUUGGCAGUCUUGAUCUCUAGGCCAGCAAGAUAGUUUGACUCAGAGAUAUUCUUUAAGUGUCAAUUCACUCUUAAAUGCACUCAGUUCAUCGAGAGGAUAUGCCCUGUUACCUCCUUACAGAAUCUUUCUCUUUCCUUUAUAUUUUGUUUCAUUUCCUUCUUUCCUUUUAAAUGGGCCUUUACUUCAGGCUCACAACUGCAGAAGAAGAAAACCCUACAACAUGUGCCUGAAAAAGACAAAAGAAUUUUAUAACAGUUUUUGAAACCUGAAUAGCCUUUAAUUCUUUAAUAUCAGUACAUUUUAUGUAAAAUGGUUUUACUUUUGAUUUUUUUAUUUGCCACAUGCAUUUUGUUCACAUUUGUAAAUGACUUAAUGGAAUUCUCACUUUGUUUAUUUGUGUAAUGUGUAUAAACUGGGUUUGUGACUUAAGCAUAUUCAUAUAUGGUCAGUGGUUACUUUAAUAUUGUACUGCUGCUGGUUCUUUUGAGGGGUGGGAUGUAGAAUCUGCCUUUGGAUGACAAAGUACCUCUGGCUUUGACACAGAGGGAAAGCUCUUUUUAUAUAUACAAUGAAACUUUUCAAAUCUUGUCUUAACAUAUUUUGAAGUUUUCAAAACGAGUUUCAAUCAAACCUUUUGGCAGUACAGUAUUCUUGUAUUUGUUGUUGUCUGUGUGUAGGUGCUGGUACCUUUUUGUUUUUUAAAAAAUGUUUUAAGUGUUGGCUUUAAAGUGAAUUUAUCUUUAGUAUGAUAGUAAUAUGAAAAUUAUAGGGUUUGUGUGCAGAGAAUUUUUUUAUAAAAGUGCUUUGUAAAAACAAAUGUAUUCUAGCUUUCGCGGUACAUAUGUGUGAUAACUUUAAUAUCCAUGACAGUUAAGUGCAAUUAUUUCAUCACUCUAAAAAUGCUAUUUUUGUGUCGGUUACUGCAGGUGUUCCAUGUCUUUGCAAAGUGACACAUUUUGAUGCCUUCUUGAUAAAGUGGUAGAUUUUUUGUAGCUUUCUAGAAACUUUGUAUUCAUACAGUAUCGAUUGAAAAUAAAGAAAAUAAAAUGGUU